ACAGAUACUCCGGUUUGUAUUCGUCAAAUGCUUCGCAAACCCACAGUUCUGAAUCGUUGCCUACCUUUCGCAAACCCAUACUUCGAAAACCCUAAUUUCUUACUUCACUUCCCUUUACUAUCCUGUUUUUGGCGACUUCAACUAGAAUUAACUAUCAAACGUCAUGAAUUGGUGAGUUUUCCAUUACCCGAUGCAUCGACGCCUUGCUCUGUUUGGUCAUCGAUUACUCACAAAUUCAUCACUUUUCACACCAAGCAGUAGGCCAUUAUUGAACACCCAGUCUUAUAUUUUGAACCCUAGGGUUGAUGGGUUGGCUUUGUUUAGAGUAUUUAUGUUCACUUCUACUCACCCAACAAGGGUCCUGGACCCCGAUGACCCAUCCACCUUGAUGAAGGAGGAUGGAGUCGCCGUCUGUUCGCAAAUGUGGAUCAAAAAUUUCCGUGAACCCGAUAAGACGGUGACAAAUCUGACCAAUUAUUUACGUCGAUUUGAGUUGUGGGUUUUGGCUUAUCAGAAGGUCUGUGCCGAUGAGAUGGGUGCUUAUAUGCCGCGAAAUGCCAUACAGAGGUCAGCACUGGAGGACUUGUUGGCCUUAAGGAAUGCAGUUCUUGAUAGUAGGUUUAAGUGGGGAGCUAGGUUAGAGUUCUUUAUCAAGUCUCCAAAGGAUAAGACGGAGUAUGAAUCGUUGUCAAAGAGGAAAAUCAGGGCCAUUUUGACUACUACGCAGCCAAGCCCAUUUCAGGAUCGGAUUGUUCAAGAGGUUUUGUUCAUGAUUUUGGAGCCGAUUUAUGAGGCUAGGUUUUCUCAGAAGUCGUUUGCGUUUAGGCCCGGGAGGAAUGCCCACACCGUGUUGAGAGUCGUUAGGAGGAGUUUUGCGGGGUACUUGUGGUACAUAAAGGGAGAUUUGAGUACAAUUCUGGAUGGCAUGAAGAUCGGAAUGGUGAUAAGUGCUCUAAUGAGGGAUGUUAGGGAUAAGAAGGUGAUUGAUUUGAUAAAAUCGGCUUUGGUUACGCCUGUUAUCACCACUCCACACAGUGAAGGUGAGAAGAAGAAGAAAACGAAGAGAAAGUAUCAAAAGAAGAGGGUUUUAGCAGAAGAUGAACCGAAGCCUGAUCCGUAUUGGCUGGAUACCUUUUUUGGGUUUGCGCCUGAGGAGGCUGAGAAGCUUCCUUCUUGGGGACAUUGUGGGAUUCUUAGUCCCCUUCUGGCUAAUGUAUGUAUUGAUGAGUUAGACCGUUGGAUGGAGGAUAAGAUCAAGGAGCUCUAUUGUCCUUCAAAGAGCGAUGUCAUUUGGAAUAAUCCAGACGGGGAAGUGGAACAAGGAAAUACAUCUUGGCCGGAAUUUGUUCCGACAAGUGGUCCAGAUAAGACAAGAAAGAUUGACUAUGUCCGUUAUGGGGGCCACAUUUUGAUUGGAAUUAGAGGACCCAGGGCAGAUGCGGCAACUCUGAGAAAACAGUUGAUUGAGUUUUGUGAUCAGAAAUAUCUCCUGAAGCUUGACAAUGAAAGCCUCCCUAUUGAGCACAUUACUAAAGGUAUAAUGUUUCUUGACCAUGUACUCUGUCGGCGAGUUGUGUAUCCAACUCUUCGGUAUACUGCAACCGGUGGGAAGAUCAUCAGUGAAAAGGGUGUGGGGACCCUGUUGUCAGUUACAGCAAGUUUGAAACAGUGCAUUAAGCAAUUUAGGAAGUUGAAUUUUCUAAAGGGUGAUAGGGAUCCAGACCCACAACCUUGUUUUAGAAUGUUUCACGCCACCCAAGCUCACACAAAUCAACAAAUGAACAAGUUGUUGUCUACAAUGGUUGAGUGGUACAGAUAUGCGGACAAUCGGAAGAAGAUUGUAAAUUUUUGUUCUUACAUCAUUAGGGGAUCACUCGCAAAGCUCUAUGCUGCCAAAUACAAGCUCCGAUCGCGAGCAAAGGUGUACAAGAUUGGUGCGCGGAAUCUAGCUCGACCUUUGAAGGAGAAAAAAGGCCAGUCCCCAGAGUACCAUAAUUUGCUGAGAAUGGGUCUUGUUGAGUCAAUUGAUGGGCUUAUGUACACCAGAAUGUCUCUGGUACCAGAGACUGAUUACUCUCCUUUCCCUAAUGGUUGGAGACCUGAACAUGAGAAAGCAUUGCUUGAGUACAUAAGGCUAGAUGAUCCAAAAAUUCUAGAGGAGCACCGGAGUGGCUUGAGAGAACAAGGUCUGGUUUCGCCUCAGGAUUACGUCUCAAUGCUUGUUUGGAACUACAAGAGGAAUGCUAUUGGACCGGAUCAGCUUCCCGCAACAGUGAGUCAUGGCAAUAACAUAGAAAGUGUGAAAUCAAACCCCGAAAAUGAUGAUGAAAUGAAUAGAUCUGAGGGAGAUCGAGAAGAAAGGCGUCAGGCGGCACAAAUGUGAGAUUGAAUUUGUACUCUGUGGUUUUGAAGUGUUUUUUUAAAACCAUGUACUUGGGUAUUUCAACUAGCUAGAGGAAGCAAGACACAAUGAUUGCUUCUGCUGUGCUUUAUAAUUCAAUAUAAUUAUGGAAGCAUAGGAUAGGUUGUAUAAUUCUAAAAGGAUUUAUUUCACUAUGCCAACAAAACGUUUUACUCCA